CAGUUCUUGGGUAUGCACGUGGUUAUCGCAGUCUCGCAUUGUUAGGCUGAUAGACGCGUUUUUUGUGAAACAGCGGCGCAUUAUUUUCGAGAAAAAGCCGUAUAAAAGUGGAACUGAUGAAAGAAAUUCGCCAACAAAGAUGAGUUCUUGAACAAACUUUGGAACUAUCCCAUGCAAUACGCUAAGAGAAGAUGUUCUGAAUUGUUACCGGUAACGAUUAGUUAAUACGUAGAUUUAACGAUGCAACGGUUUGACACGGGAAAAGACAACGUAAAUUACGCGCAACGGGAAUUCACGUGAAAAGACGAGAGAAUUUCACCCAAAUUGUUCGCAACUGGACACUGUUGCCGUUUUAAAGAAGUGCUAGUUUUUUGUCAGGCUCAAAAUAUGGACAACUUGUUUUCGUAUGGCUUGUACAACUGCAGUACUAUAAUUCUCAGACGAGACAUCACAAUCUUGUUGAUGUUAAAUCGUAGCGAACUUCUUAAUAUAUUGCAAAACGCUUUGGAUAGUUCUACGGAACGGGAAGUUCUACGUGAUGCUUUUUUAGAUUGUUUCUUUAAUUAUCAAGAGCGACCGUUCGACUUAUCAUGGUGGCAAAAGUUGUUCUGGUCCCUGAUAUUCGCCGCAAUGCUGUUGGUGGCAACCGCUGGCAACGUCAUCGUCAUAUGGAUCGUACUUGCACAUCAACGGAUGCGAACGGUCACCAACUAUUUUUUAGUUAACCUUUCCGUGGCUGACCUGAUGAUGUCAUUACUUAACUGUGUCUUCAACUUCAUUUUUCUACUGAAUUCUGACUGGCCAUUUGGCGUGGUAUACUGCACUAUCAACAACUUUGUAGCGCAUGUCACGGUCUCUUCAAGUGUCCUCACUCUUGUCACCAUUUCCUUCGAUAGAUAUAUGGCCAUUAUGAGACCUCUGAAACAUCAUAUGUCUCGGAAAAAGACGGUAAUGAUUGUUUUUCUAAUAUGGGUCAUCUCUUCAACUUUGGCUGUACCAUGUUUGUUAUAUUCAACAACAGAGUCUAGAAGGUAUUCGAAUGGCAAGACUAGGAUUUCGUGUUAUCUGGUAUGGCCAGACGGAACUUAUUUGCACAGCAGAAUUGAAUACUUUUAUAACAUCGUAUUUUUGAGCGUAACGUAUCUGGUACCUAUGGCGUUGAUGGCAAUAUGUUAUACCCUAAUGGGCCGAAAACUCUGGGGCUCAAAGUCCAUAGGAGAGCUAACGUAUUACCAAAAGAAAUCAAUAAAAUCUAAACGGAAGGUUGUGAAGAUGUUUAUCAUCGUGGUUGUGAUAUUCGCCAUCUGUUGGCUACCUUAUCAAGGAUUUUUUAUUUUCGUCUAUCACCACAGGCAUUUGGCGGAAAAUAGCAACAUCCAACACGUUUAUUUAAGUUUCUAUUGGCUCGCCAUGUCAAAUGCCAUGGUAAAUCCUAUCAUAUACUACUGGAUGAACAAUAGGUUUCGGCUCUAUUUCCAACUAAUAAUAUGCAAACGUACAAACUGCGACGAUUCUCCAAUGCAUGACUUUGUAAAACGAACAGAUGUGAUACCUUAUAACUCGGGUCGUCUUAAAUCCACUUCGAUACGUUGGAAGCAUAACAUGGCAAAGACACAGAUGCAAAAUAUACGAAUGCGAUCUAUAUGUAUAAACGAUAACAAACAAGACACAACUACCGUCUGAUAAAUAACAUAGUUUUUCGUUGGUCGGAGCUGUGUAAGAUAUUUCGUGUAUCUGGAAAUUUAACGCGAAGGUAAAUACAGCGCGAAGGGUAAUUCUAAUUAUCCGGUAUCUAGUUAUAGGUUAUCGUAUCGGUUUGUUUUCCUUUGUAUAAAUUGCCCCGCGAGCAUGGAUGGACGAUGCAUCUGGAGAAAUGGACUGUGACGAAUAACAACAAGCAGCAAGAGGAUUAACAAGAGGAAGAAGGAAAAGAGCGUUUAACCCUUUCGCUUCGGCAGUCCAGUCCACGUAAGUGCUCUCUCUGUACGGAGGCGCGCGCCAAAAAUGCGCACAGUGGCAUGAUCGCUGUAUAAAUGUUUUCCUAAGUCUUAAAUAACAACUAUGGUGAAUAAAACAAUAAUAAAACAAUCUUUGCUCCAAUAUGA